GAACGGAGGCUCGUCCUUGUUGGCCUAAGUGGAAAUGAGAAAAGUGUGAUGGGAAACACCAUUCUAGGAAGCAACGUCUUCAUAUCCAAGAUGACGUUGGGUUCCCUCAGUAAAACUUGCCAAAUGGCAGAGAAGCGGCUGAACGGCAGAAAAGUUGUGGUUGUUGAUAUGCCUGGCUUUUCCGGAAGCUGGUAUUUAAUGUUUUUAUGGCAGUAUACGAUCACUGAAAUUACCAAGUCUGUGAACCUUUGCUCCCCAGGACCCCACGUUAUUCUGUGGGUCAUUCAUCAAGGUCAUUUUGCCCAGGAGGAGAAAGACAUGGCUCAGCUGAUCCAAGAGAUUUUCAGCCUUAAAGGCAAGAAUUACAUGAUCCUCUUGUUCACCCACAACAAUGAUCAGGAAGGUCAGACUUUCGAGCAAUUCAUAUCCCAGGGAGGCUCCUCACUUAAGGACCGGCUGGACCUAUGUGGGAACCGCUUCCUGGUUUUUAACAACAAGGCGGAAGGAGAAGAACAAGAGGCUCUGGUGGCCCAACUGCUGAAGAUGACAGAUGACUUGGUGGAAAGGAACGGGGAGGCUCCUUGUUACACCGAAGACAUGCUGAAGAUAGACCUAGAGAACGUCAAAAAAAAACCAAGCCAAUUCCUGGUUCUCCCCUUUCAAAUAGAGACGCUCCAAGAUGGCCCCUUUGGCACUCCACAGCCCUGCUUUUCACCCUUCUGUAUUUUGGUGGUCUCCAAAAACCUGAGUCAGAGAUUGUUGGCUGAGUCUCCUUGA